UUCUUGCUUGCGAUGUUUGGCCUUGGUGAUCUUGUGAUGCUUGGUCUUGAUGGUGGUGCUGAGCUUGCGAUACUUGGUCUUGGUAAUCCUGUAAUGCUUGGUCUUGAUAAUAGUGCUAAGCUUGCAAUGAUUGACAAUUAU